ACAAGUUCUGCAGACACACAAGAGCAGUCAACAACACUUGAUAGGAAUGCCGAGCAGAAAACUGUCGCUUUGAGCAAAACGCACAUCGCUGCCCCAGCACAGGGGGAAGAAAGCGAUGAUGUGUUGCACCACUACUGAGAGCAGUUAGCAGUCACCUACGUUCCUGUGGCUCUCGAGUCACAUGCAGGCUAGACCAGGUGGGAUUCAGUGAGUUAUUGAAUGGCUACUGAAACUAUCACAUUUAAGGCUGUGAACCCUCGUUAUUAUGAGCAGGAAGAGAAACCAUUGUCACAAUCAAUCCUUCACUGUCGGUCACAGGCAUCACUUCACAGCAGAUCACUGCACCAGGAUGGCAGGAGAUACAGACCUCCAGCUUCUCAGGGUGAUCAAAGACUUUCAAGCUUCUAUUGAAGAGCUUUGCAAAGAUCAGGAGAGGAAUGAACUUCCCAUCACCGAUGCCAACCCAAUUCUCCACAGCCUGUGCACUAGACUUGAAUAUCUGUUACAGUACGAUCAGAAAGAGAAGAAGACGAUUUUUGGGAGCCGGAAGGAUUAUUGGGAUUAUAUCAAUCUGUGUCUGAAUAGUCACAAAUGUGGAACAAAUGCUGUGGAAUUUAUUAACCUCACAUCACAGUUGACCUCACUGGGGAAGGGACGAGCUUUUAUCCGGUACUGUCUGGUCCAACAGAAACUGGCAGACUCCUUGCAGCUGUGCUUCCUCAAUCAGCAACUAGUCAGUGAGUGGUAUUAUGCACGGAGCCCAUUCCUGUCAGAUAGGCUCCGCUCUGACAUCGUGGACAAGUUAUACUCCUUGAAUGGAAUAAACUUCGAUCUGGAUUUGGAGGGAGUUGACUUGGACUCAGCCUGGCCAUUGGGCAAACGUGAAUAUAAGACUCCCAGGAAGACAAUGACAACAAGAGUUCAAUUCAACAACCUGUUUAAGGGGCUGUACAAGAAGCUAAAUUAUUGGGCAGAAAAGGAAGCUGAGCAUGAGAAGCCAGUGGUCAAUGGAAGGACGCAGAGUUUCAUGAAAUCUGAAGAACCAGGAAUACCACCAGGAGCAUCAACAACACACAGUGCCUCAAAGGGUCUUGGUGAUCUCCAAGGAAACCAAGAACCAAUUCUAGAGGUGUGUACUAAUGACUGCAGGUCAGAUCCAGGUCAACAACUACAAUCUGAACAUGAUGAGCAAGUGCUCCAUCGUGAAGAUCAGAACAUAGGACUGGUGAGCAACUUGAAGCAAGAGCUUGGUGUAUCAGAACUGUGCAGAGGUGAUAGCCAAAUUGAUGUUCAGAGGUCUCAGGAUGCUGUAUCCACCUCAACAACAGAUGAGAAGAGAGAGACUGAACUCAAAGUUAUAGCAGAACAGCGAUCUCUCUUAGAAAAACUCAGCAUAGAUCUAACCGAGAAAGAGCAUGCCAUCAGGCAACUGAACUUUCUACUCAAAGAGAAAGAGAAAAGCCAUGAGGAGGAAUCCUCCAAACUUCAGCAAGAGAUCCUAAACUUCAAGGAAUUGCAGAAGAAUAUUGAAGAACAAUCAAACAAGGUGGAGCAGUUGGAGGACAGUAACAACUUCCUGAAUGAAACUGUCGAGGAAAUGGAUAAGAUUCUUGAUGAACUGAAACAAGCUUUGGUCGAGAAAGAUCACGAGAAUAUGUUACUGAAAAAGGAGCAGGUAGAAAAGAUGGCAGCAGCCCAACAGUUCCACGAGGAAGAAUUGGAGAAGCUGAAGCUCACACUUGACGAACAUCAGAAGGAAGACGAUGGAUUGAAAGGAGAUACUGACCAAAAACGCAGAACAGUGAAGGAGGAACUAGGAAAUAUAGAGGCAGUUCUGGUUCAAACUCAGAGUAAAAUCAAUUUGGAAAAUGGGCGUCAGUUGAUUGAGAUGGAAGAGCUACAGAUCAAGCUACAAGACCUGGAGUCUCUCAACAAUUCACUUGAAGAGAAGUACAAGGCAAGCCAACAGGAAGUCAAAGAAUUAGAAAUGUCUGUCAUCUCACUCCGGUCAGAGAUCAGCAAACUCCAACUUCCUGAGAAACAGCUGCUUCAACCGAGUGGUGCUGCUUUUCCCUCUCCUGAUGGGAGGGAGUUAAUGCUGGCAGGAGACAAUGGGAAUCCUGGAGAAAACCCGAGGCAAGACCAAAAUGAAUUGGUCAAUAAAGAGCUGGAAAGGAAUGAAUGCAAACAGGAAGACACUGCAAGUUUGGAAGUCCUUUCUGCCUUGAAGUGGGAAGGCCAACAGGAGGAGAAAGCGGAGAACAUGAACAUUGCCACAAGGGGAAAGGAAGAACUAAAUGUUUUGAAGGACAAAUUGAAGGAGAUUACUCAGAAAUUAGAGGCUUCAAAUGCUGAGAAGUUAGAAGCCACACAGAAACUGGAGGAAACUGUGGCUCAGCUCCAUAUGUUAAUGGCAGAACAUUCAAGUACAGACAACCAAACAACAGGAUCGAAAGACCAACACGUGGAUGAAAAGGAGAUGAAGGAGAAGUUGACAAUGUCUGCAAGAAAAUAUACAGAAAUGAUACAAGCUGAAAGUGCUGAACUAAGACAGAGUUUGCAAGAGGUCAGCAAGGAGAGAGUAUCUACACAGAGGGAGCUGAGCUCAGCACUUGCUGCUCUUGAACAGUCUGGUCAGGAAGUCACCAAGGUUAGGGAGCAAAUGGAAGAGCUGGAGAACGCUCAUAAUCUCAAGGUUCAAGAAAUGCUGGGAAGAAUCAAGGCCAUUGAAGCUGAGAAGGAAGCACUGGAGCAACAGAAGGAAAACCUGAGGAAGACAGUUUCCAUUCUCGAGGAGGACCUGCUGCAGCUGAAGGACAAUAAUGUAAACGUUGAGCUGAGUAAUGAACCAUCUCAAGGUAAGAUGGAGAGAGACCAAGGAAAGAUGAAGCAGUUCAAUGCACAGCUGGGACAACUGUCUGCUGAGAAGGUUGAACUGGAGGGAAAGACUGUCAGGUUGGCAAACCAGCAGGAGGAUGAUGGAGCCUACCAGCUGGAGAGUGCACAGGACAGCAAGGAAAAGCUGGCAUCCCUGGCAAAGGAAAAUGAAGAACUCCGAGCUGAAUUACAGACUGUGAGAGAACAACUGAGCUCACUGCAGCAAUCGAUGCAACAAGCGAGGUCAGACUUUGAGCUGGAAAUGGCCAAGAAAACAGCGGAAUGUAACUUACAAACAGAGACUCUCAAUGAAGAUUUGCUGACCGUGAGAAAGGACAUCGAAUGCAAAAUGGAAAAACUAAAGUGCAAGGAUGAUGAGCUUCUGUCACUGGCUGAAUCUCUUGCAGAAAUGAGGAGAGCUGAAGAAGAUUUGAAGGCAACUUUGAAAAAGACACAAGAAAACGCAAAAAGCAGGGAGGAGGAAUCCCACCGUGAAAUUCAGGUUCUCAGGGAAACAGUCAGAUCCCUGAAGGACCGAACAGUGGAACUGCUAAGGGAGAAGGAUAUCCUGUGGCAGAAAUCGAAUAAUUUGGAGUUUAGCCAGCGACAAUUGGAUCAGAAACAUUUGUCGAGAAAAGAUCAAUUUGGAAGCAAGAAAUGAAUUUAAUCAGUAGCUGGAAACUUGAGAGCUUCAAUGGGUUCUGUCUUCUGUUGGUGCCUGGAGUGGGUGAAAUUCUGAUCCUUUUUGAUAAGUGGGGUACUGGUAGAUGGUGAGCACUUUCUGUAUUAAAAGCUGAAGGGGAGGAUUUGUAAUGAGCACGUGUUAAUACUCUGGAACAGUACCAGAGUAUCUGGAUCACAUUUAUUUGGAUCUCCUUUCUCAGUUGUAAUUCCCACAGUCUGUAACGGCUGUCAGUGGACUCAUGAAAAGUUUGAUAAAACAAACUCACCAUAGUGCAGGGGUUCGUUUUCCACAUAGCAUUUAUACAUUGCUUUUUUCAAAUGUUUGUUCAAUUUAUUUUGAUAAAUUAUCUUUGAAUUCCGCUGAUUCCAGUCAGUGAACACCAAGCUAACAACUGCCUGCUGAAACUGUACUGUCUUUCCUGCCUUGCCUUCUUUAAAGAAGAACUUGGAUUCCUUUUGCAUCCCUCAGAACCUUAGGAAGACCCAAAACACUCCACAGCACAAGUGGGAGCUUCAUAGUAGACUGACUGCUCCUGCAACUAACUGACAGCCAGCAGGUUCCCCAAGAACAGGAUGACCCAUAAUGUCUGUCUGUAGAUACUGGCUGAAGGAUAGAUAAGCAGCAGGAUGUUGAGCAGUGCCGCUGGCUGUGUGAGCAGUCCUCACUGCUGACCAUUGUGUUGUACAAGAUGAUCUGCACAAUUCCUCACCAAGAGCUAUAUUUGUUACCUCAGAGGUACAGUAUUUCCUUAUAGGAAUCAACAGGAUCUACUGGGAUAAAGGGAUAAUCACUUGGGAGCCUAACAUGAAGAGACUCUUGUAAUAAACAGGAUGUAGCUAAGUGUAGAAUAGGUAAAGUACACAUUUUUAUAGAGACUACAAGGAGGACCUGAGCAUACAAUCUCACUUACUCUUGAGUUGUUCUCCCACCAAUUCCAAUCACACAAUCAGAGUGGGUGAUAGCACUGUUAAACCUUACCAGACCCAUGCACCCUUUUACAAUGCUGCUUUCCUCUUUAUCCAGUCAUGCCAAGAGGAUCUGAACACCUGAAAGAUAAUACAAAACUAUUUACCUUCCUUUGAAAAAGAAAGAACAGGAAAUGGCAUCACCUACCUUAAGAGACCAAGACCUAUAAAGAGAGGCACACAUACCACCAGCAUUCCAUGAGGAUUGAUCCUCUGACAAUGUGGUACUCCCUCAGCACUUACCCUCUGACAGUGCAGCAUUCCCUGAGUACUGACCUUCCAAUAGUGCAGCCCUCCCUCAGUACUUAACAUCCAACAGUGCAGCACUUCCUCAGCACUGACCCUCCAAGGGUGAAGUACUCCCUCAAUACUGACUCUCCGACAGUACAGCACUCCCUCAAUACUGACCCUCUGACAGUGCAGCACUCCCUCAGCACUGACCCUCUGACAGUGCGACACUCUCUCAGUACUGACCCUCUGACAGUGUGGCACGCCCUCAAUACUGACCCUCUGAAAAUGCAGCUCUCCCUCAGUACUGACUCUCCAACAGUGCGGCACUCCCUCAGUAUUGACCCUCUGAAAAUGCAGCUUUCCCUCAGUACUGACCCCCUGACAGUGCAGCACACCCUCAGUACUGACCUUCCAACAGUGCGUCACUCCCUCAAUACUGACCCUCUGACAGUGCAGCUCUCCUCAGUACUGACCCUGAAACAGUGUGGCAUUCCCUCAGUACUGACCCCCUGACAGUGCGACACUCCCUCAGUAUUGACCCUCUGACAAUAUGGCACUCCCUCAGUACUGACCCUUCAACAGUGCAGCUCUCCGUCAGUACUGGCUCUUUCUUCUGUAGAGUCAUAAUAGAGUUGAAACAUUAAAUCUCUCUCCACAGAUGCUGAUAGCUUUGUGGAAUAUUUCCACAUUUCAGUCAUUUAAUUCUUCUUAAGGCUGGGGGUUUUGUCCAUUUUGUGCUCUCAUAUCAGCACAUCCAUUGUGCUUUUCCUUACAUUUUUCUUUGUUGGAAUUACACUGGUUUCACAAUGGUAAUGAUAUUUCAGCUGUCCAUCUCUGGUCAUUACACCAGUCAAGGUACUAGGACUCUCAGGAAUGAAUGCAAUAAAAUAGCCCGUGCACCCCAAAGUUAUGGUGAGCCAUUCUGCACUACUUCAAACAGUGUGUACCUUUAGUUCUAUAAUCUUAACAUAAGAAAGAAAAAUGAUCUGACAUCUCAGGGUUAAUACAUUUCGUACAUUUGCAUUAUUUCUUUUCCAAGUAUAAAAUGUGAUGUAUAAAAUGUGGCAGCUGAAAAUGUGUUG